AUGGGAGGCUCGCCUCCUUGUGGCGACUCAGUCCGGUCGGUCAAAGAUCAUCGACGACAGGAAGUAACCUCGAAGAAAUGGCCAUCGAAACUCGAGAAUGAUCCCCAGAUCACUUUCUCACCUGACGAUGCCAUCAGUGUCCACCUACCUCAUAACGACCCUCUACUCAUCGAAGUAGGAAUCGCAAAGUACGACGUCGCCAAAGUCCUGAUGGAUACUGGCAGUUCAGUCGAUCUGAUCUUUCGAGAUACACUCGAUAAGAUGGGAGUCGACCUGCGCGAUAUGAAGCCGUCGUCUCGCUCCCUCACAGGAUUCAACGGGGCUUCUGAAAAAAUGAUCGGGACAAUCAAACUCCCAGUCUACGCAUGCGGGGUAACGCGCACAGUCAAGUUCUCUAUCACCCGAACGAAGGCUCCAUAUAAUGCGAUCCUCGGGACCCCUUGGUUGCAUUCGAUGAAGGCAAUAUCAUCGACCUAUCAUCAGUGCGUGAAGUUCCUCGGACCAAACGGUCAGGUGCUAACACUUCGAGGGGACCAACAGGCCGCACGCGACCUACUGAUUACAACAGAUUCAGCCCCAAAAGGACGAGAUUCUAGAAGUCACACUUGA